CCUGACAGCCGCCGCUCUGCUGGUGCAGAUUGUAAACUACAGAAUAAUAAUAGCAACAACACAUAUGCGUGAUUUACUCCCGGGAGAUUUCGGAUAGUUAGACCGGUUGCCCUUUUUUGCUUUUAAUGGCCGCUGCCGUGAGGAAUAAUGUUUGGGUCGCUCCGGGGCAGGACGCGCAGUUUCUCCACAGGAGCGCUACCGCCGCGCCACCGACGGACGGUGCGAGGGUUGAGGAUCAUGGACAAGUGCCGUGCAACACGAGGGAUGCCAUCCCGGGAACUUCGUGCUUCCAUGAUUACAACGUGGCUAAGUCAGAGAUGGACAGCUACCUGUCUCCGCACCCGCACGACAUAGCCACCUCCAGAAUGUUGUGCAGGGACGGCUCUUUGAUGCCGGAGCAGCAUUUCCCAGAGGACUUUGCGUCGCCUUACAGUGUCAACAUGAGCCUGCUCCUCCCUGACGUCACGUACCUGCACCCUGGUCUCUGCAGGACCGUGAGGCAGAUCAAAACAGAGCCGACUCACUCCCUGAUGCACCCCCCCUGCCAGGGCCACGGGGUGCCGCCACCGGCUCUCCCGGGUGCUCUGAGCGCAGCCGACACGCCAAGCGGUAACUUUUUCAUCAAACAGGAAGUGCCAGAUUUCCAGGAUGUUCCCCUGUUUCAGCUCUUGAACUCUGACCUGGAGCAGCUCAUUCAUGGGUCUCAGCUGAACUCCAUUCCCAUGGCUCCGCUGAGUCUUCCAAAUGGGAGCGUCCAUGUAGGCCCAGUGCCGCAUUCUGCAAAGCCCACAGGGAAUCCUCAGAGAGAGUGUUUCCAAUUCAAUCGGCACUUAGGCCAUCAGCAGACACCGACUUAUUUGCCCCCUUCUCCGCCAAACUCUGAGCCCCCAAGUCCGGACAGGGGGAAGGUGCUCCUCCACAAUCUGUCCCCACCUCCCUCCUAUGAAGCCAGCAUCGCCUCUAAGUUAACAUUUCAGACCCAUAAUCCCAUCGAUCCAAGACAGACUUCCAGUGUCGCUCCCAUCCAAGGUCCACACCAAAAUACCAGUGUCCGAUCAGUCCAAAGUCCAGGUGUUGGUCCAGUCCAGCUUUCCAGCCUGACGCCAGUUCACACGGCACCAGGUGUGGGCCCUCUGUCCCCGGUGUUGGGGACGGAGUCAGCUUCACUUAGGUUCAACCGAAGGAAUAAUCCUGAUCUGGAGAGACGGCGGAUUCACCACUGUGACGUCCCAGGAUGUAAGAAAGUGUACACCAAGUCCUCUCAUCUAAAGGCUCAUCUACGGACCCACACAGGAGAGAAGCCUUACCAGUGCUCCUGGGAGGGAUGUGAGUGGCGCUUCGCUCGUUCCGAUGAGCUGACUCGCCAUUUCAGGAAACACACCGGUGCAAAGCCUUUCCAGUGUGGAGUGUGCAACCGCUGCUUCUCCCGCUCCGACCACCUGGCACUACACAUGAAAAGACACCAGCGCUAGAAACACCCUCGUGCAAAUCCAGUCAAUCGGGACAAACACGGACAAAGAACUGACAAAUUUUAAACAGUGGAAUAUUCCACUCACCUCCCAGUGGAGAUAUUCUUAGCAGUGCUGGCCCACACCUAAUUGUUUCUUUUAUUGUAAAGAGAAUUUAAUAUUACCGUUGCCUUAUUUUAUUUCCAUGUAUGCAUCCCAAUAUUGGAGGAUAUGUCAUUGAUUUUCAUUCGAUUUUGGUUUCACUUCAAUGUAACUUUAUAGCCAAGGAACUUCAAUCCUUCAUUUUCAGGGUUUACGGGGUCUAGAUCAUAUCUGUAAUGUAUUAUAUGGGCAUUUAUUUAAAUAACUUAAACUAGCAAACUGCCACACUGUAAGUAUUGAGGUCGAUCAAGUAUUGUUAUGAACUGGAAGGUCAAAGACUGUGUUGUUUCAUAUAAAAAGUUGUAACUAAGUAAGUUGUAGAUUUCAGAAAGGACACAGCAGGGAAGUUGAGACAGUGAAUUUGGGAUGAGUCGUGGUGACCGACGUGCAGAGUGCAGUGCAUGGAGCGCCAUCACUGCCCGUUAUUGGACACGUUGUCACAGAGCAUAAAUUCACUCAAAGCUAAACAGAUAAAGACAAGAAUGACACUCGGUGGAGCGUG